CAAACUAAAUGGAACUUGGGGAUUUAGGGCUCCGUGUCAGCGAGUUAAAGUCCUGGAGUAGUAACUCUUGCUUCUUUCUUUGCGGCCUCCAUUUGAAUAUCCGAUCAUGGCUCCCAAAAAAGGUGGGAAGGCCACUGUUGCUGCAAAGAAGCGUCCCGAAAAGGUUGUAAACCCCUUGUUUGAGAAGAGAACAAAGCAAUUUGGUAUUGGUGGUGCACUGCCACCAAAGAAGGAUUUGACUAGAUUCGUCAAAUGGCCUCAUGUUGUUCAAAUUCAGAGAAAAAGGAGGAUUCUCAAGCAGCGUUUGAAGGUUCCUCCAGCUAUUAAUCAGUUCACAAAAACGCUUGACAAGAACACUGCUACAAAUCUUUUCAAGUUAUUGCUUAAAUAUAGACCUGAGGACAAGGCUGCUAAGAAAGAAAGACUUCUGAAAAGAGCACAAGCUGAAGCUGAUGGGAAGAGUGUAGAGACAAAGAAACCCAUCGUUGUGAAAUAUGGGCUUAAUCAUGUUACCUACCUCAUUGAGCAGAACAAGGCACAGUUAGUGAUCAUUGCACAUGAUGUUGACCCAAUUGAGCUUGUUGUUUGGUUACCUGCUUUAUGCCGAAAAAUGGAGGUCCCAUAUGCAAUUGUGAAGGGCAAGUCGCGGCUUGGAGCAAUUGUCCAUAAGAAGACAGCUGCAGCUUUGUGCCUCACUUCAGUUAAGAAUGAAGAUAAGUUGGAGUUUAGUAGGAUUCUGGAGGCAGUUAAGGCUAACUUUAAUGACAAGUAUGAGGAGCACCGUAAGAAAUGGGGAGGUGGCAUCAUGGGUUCCAAAUCCCUGGCCAAGACCAAAGCAAGGGAGAGAGUAUUGGCUAAGGAGGCUGCCCAAAGAAUGUCUUGAACUCCCAACAUUGAAGUAGAAAGAUCUAUGCAUUUGUUUUUGUUUUAGAUGCUAUUUCAGACAGUAUUGGUAGCUUGGAUCUUCGCUGUUAUAAGCGUGUGUUGUCUUGACCAAUGUUCAUUUCAUAUAAAUUAUUUUUAGUAAUAGUAUGUUUGAUUGGAGAAAUGAUAUUUAAUCUUCUUAAAAUACGCUGAGAUUGAUGCCUGA